AGGCAUGCCGGGAGCCCGCACUUCCUCCUUGGGGGCCUCAGAAAACCACAGGGCGCUGAGCCAGGGCGGCGGCCCCCGGGGAGCCGGCACAAUGGCAGAGGGCAAGGCUGGCGGCGCGGCCGGCCUCUUCGCCAAGCAGGUGCAGAAGAAGUUCAGCAGGGCCCAGGAGAAGGUGCUGCAGAAACUGGGGAAAGCUGUAGAAACCAAAGAUGAACGAUUUGAACAAAGCGCUAACAACUUCUACCAACAACAGGCAGAAGGCUACAAGCUGUACAAGGACCUGAAGAACUUCCUUAGUGCAGUCAAAGUGAUGCAUGAAAGUUCAAAAAGAGUGUCAGAAACCCUGCAGGAGAUCUACAACAGCGAGUGGGACGGUCAUGAGGAGCUGAAGACCAUCGUAGGGAAUAAUGAUCUCCUUUGGGAAGACUACGAGGAGAAACUGGCUGACCAGGCUGUGAGGACCAUGGAAAACUACGUUGCCCAGUUCAGCGAAAUUAAGGAGAGAAUUGCCAAGCGGGGUCGGAAACUCGUGGACUAUGACAGUACCCGACAUCACCUGGAGGCAGUGCAGAAUGCCAAGAAGAAGGAUGAGGCCAAGACUGCCAAGGCAGAGGAAGAGUUCAACAAAGCCCAGACUGUGUUUGAAGAUCUGAACCAAGAACUACUAGAGGAGCUGCCUAUUCUUUAUAAUAGUCGUAUUGGCUGCUAUGUGACCAUCUUCCAAAACAUUUCCAACUUGAGGGAUGUCUUCUACAGGGAAAUGAGCAAGCUGAACCACAAUCUCUACGAGGUGAUGAGCAAACUGGAGAAGCAACAUUCCAAUAAAGUCUUUGUGGUGAAGGGACUGUCAAGCAGCAGGCGCUCUUUAGUCAUUUCUCCCCCAGUUCAAACAACUAUGGUCUCCAGUCCUCUUUCCUCACCUACUAGUCCCUCUACACUUUCCUUGAAGAGUGAGAGUGAAUCUGUCUCAGCAACUGAAGAUCUGGCACCUGAUGCAGCCCAGGGGGACGACAAUUCUGAGAUCAAGGAGCUCUUAGAAGAUGAGGAAAUAGAGAAGGAAGGAUCUGAAGCAAGCUCCUCUGAGGAAGAAGAGCCUCUACCAGCCUGCAAUGGCCCCGCCCAGGCCCAGCCCUCGCUUACCAUUGAGAGUGUCAAGUCCCAGGAGGAAGUUCUCCCCAGCUCCCCAGCUCCAUCACCUGGCGGAGCCCUGAGCCCUUCAGGGCAGCCUUCAUCUGCCGCAGAAGUAGUCCUCCGAACCCGCACUGCAAGUGAAGGAUCCGAACAACCAAAGAAGAGAGCCUCUCUCCAGAGGACCUCAGCACCCCCUAGUAGGCCUCCUCCACCUAGAGCCACUGCAAGCCCCAGGCCCUCCUCAGGGAACAUACCCUCCAGCCCUCCAGCCUCUGGAGGGGGUUCACCCACCAGCCCUAGGGCCUCCUUGGGGACUGGGACUCCAAGUCCUAGGACCUCCCUAGAGGUCUCUCCUAAUCCAGAAACACCAGAGAAGCCAGUGAGAACUCCUGAGGCCAAAGAAAAUGAAAACAACCACAAUCAGAACCCUGAAGAACUUUGUACUUCCCCCACCUUAAUGACAUCUCAGAUUGCUUCAGAGCCUGGAGAGGCAAAGAAGAUGGAAGACAAGGAAGAGGAUGAUAAGCUUAUCUCAGCUGACUCCUCAGAGGGCCAAGACCAGCUUCAAGUCUCCGCGGUACCAGAAAACAACAACCUCACAGCACCUGAACCUCAAGAAGAGGUGUCUACAAGUGAAAAUCCACAACUCUAAAGAGAAACUGCCAAGACUCCCCCUGCCCCACACCUCCCCAGAGAAGCUCUUCAACCAGAGGGUAUAGGUCAGAGGGAUAUAAGAGCCAGCAUCUAUUCCUGGGUUCUCAGUGGGAAUGCUGGUGCUGUCUAAAGACCUGGCAUUAAUCAAGGUGGAGGAGCAGCCUUGUGGGAGGGAUGGAGGGAGGCAGGCUGGGGAGAAGAGAACAUUAGAUUCAGGAAAUAUUUAAUUCUGGUUUUAGCAUUAUUAGAAUAAGACUUUAUACAUUAACUAAAGUGGAGCUUUAAUCACUAUAAAAACCAAAAGUAUCUAUAGACACAGACACUUGUCUACACAGAGACAUAACCACACAUGACUCAGAGGAUAGUGAACAAAUCUGUCUUUGACUUAUGACCCAUUUUCCAAGACUUAAAGCCAGAAGAACACAUUUUCAGAUUGUUAAAUAAAGUCUGAUUCUGACUA